GGCGCAUCGGGGUUUUCGUGAACUGGACUACAUGGAACUGACAGUAAGACAUUGACAGGAUGUCAUCUCGCGACUGCUGGACAUUACACGUGAAAUGUACUCCAAUGGAACUGGAAAUUGACCGGAAAGCAUUUCCCAAUCGAGUUUAGCAUAAAUCCCGCAAGUCGAACACAUGCACGAUGACGUCAUCUAGCAGUGCCGGGGUGCUGCUGUUGCUGUGGUACCUAACGCAAGCAUGCAACUUCCCUGACUAUAUGCAGACCCUGGGACACUCGCAGCCCUGGCAGACGCAAAUAAGACACAACCGGACCAAGACUGCAAAAAUCUACUUCAGACAUGGCAUAAUGGAGGUCUUACCGAUCUCUUCGCCUGGCACUCCUUCAGAAAGGUGGAACUGUACGAUGGAAUACAAAGGCAACUUCCUGCUGCACCUGGAGACCAACUUACAGCCCGUCAGGUUCGCCUGCAUAAGAAUCUACAAGAGGAGCAGGUCCAUAACACAACUGGCCUGGUCGGAGUACAGUCACAACCUUGAUCCUAGGCUUUGCGAUAUCGAACCCAUGUCGCUUAACCCGUGGCCGCUGGUGGCGUACCACCUACUGGAAGCCGAUUUCGCGCCUUGUCCUUUCUCUGGCGGAUUCAACAUUAAAAUCACCGAUUCCAACGGCAAGGAAAAUGCUUGCAAUUACAUGGAUUUACCGAUGAGGGUGGAGAGUGACUGUAUUGGCGGAGAGGGCGUCAUAUUCAACUUCAGGGCAGACAACUGCCUGCCUGAUGUGUCCAUGCUCGUCCAUCAGCGAACCACGUGCGUGGCAAGCUGGCGGGACGAAGACGACCACUUCGCCGUCAUCCGACGAUUGAGCAACACCCAGCUGUGGUGCAUUAGGUUCCCCAGGAAGAAGAAGGACAACCAGCCGGCUUACCUGUUUCACGAUCUGGCUUGUGUGUCUUCGGAUCCCGAGAACGAAACGAUCCACUAUAUUCGGAUGGAUCUCCAGAGAAGCAUCCACAGAGACUUGUGUCAGGACGAAUACGAAGAGUGCGCCCACAUGCCCUGCAACGUGUAUACGGAACAGAAGUGUCAGAAGACGUGCGGAGCGUGCAGCGUGUCUAAUCCCCCGGCGAUAUGCUCGUACCCUCGCCGAUUCAGAGGGAUGUGGUACCAGCGGGAUACCGACGGUGUUAAGUAUAUUGAAAUCAGCGAGUCGCAUUUAAGCAUAGAAAGUGUUGGAAAUUUUCAGUGCGUGGUCUUCGACGACAGUCCACCGAGACGCGAAAGGACGUACACGGUGGUGUCCAUCUUUGAAAAUGGCUGCCGUCCCAGAUACACGUGCAUCCGCCUGAAGCGUCUCGGGCCGUCAGUUCUGAGGUAUAGUCUCAGUAAAAGCUUCACAUGGCCGAUGGAUGUCCACAACCAGGGCGCCACGGUGUGUGACGCCAGCAGAUUCGAGGCAGACCCUGAUCCAAUCGGAGACCGCUACAGAUCAUACCACGGUACGGGUAAGCCAAUCAUAAUGCACUAUCCCUCCCCGAAAUGGAUAGCCUGUAACUUGACUUCAUCUUUCACUGUUCGUGCCUCGUUCGCCAGUGGCAAUUCGUGUCUGGGCAGCAUAUAUCAGGUGUGCGGGGACGACUCUCGACUGAGGCUGGACUUCCCUUCGUGCGACGACGCGCCUCACCACAGCGAAUACGGGUGCGUGGCGGAGUACGAAGGACACUACUGGGAGAAGAUCCUCCUCAUGCAGAACAUCGCAGACGACAUGGACGCCCGCUGCAUCAUGUUCAACCAGAUGCACCCUCUGGAGGCGCUGGUCCUCGUGGGCGGAUACUGCGACAAGAAGAGCUGGGGAUUCGUCAGCAGUGGCCUGAGGACGCCGCUCAUGAAGCUGCAGAUCAGACCAGACGUCUUUCCGUGUAAGAAUCUGCCCCUGGUGGAAAAGACUAGCAGGCGCACCACAACUCCUGUGGUCAAGACCUACGGAGACGCCCAGGCGCCGGUGACGUUGAUAGUCACGGCAGAAUCGUCCAGGGACGGCGGUUCCAAUCACAUUGAUCCGUGGCACCCAGCCAACAUUCCCAACAGAGACUUUGAUCCCCGCAAGAAUAUUAGACAGGUAAAUUCCAACCCGAGGAAUGGUGCGGCGGUGACGUUAUAUUCCAGUUCAAAAUAUUUAUAUAUCAUAGUAAUUACACUGACAAAUUUGUGUCCUUUCGAUAGAUGAGGUGUGUUCACGGAGAUAGGUUUGUUUAGAACUACUGUAUCUAAAGGAGGUUUAUGUCUCUAGAAGUGUUCAAAGCCCUCUGGUAUUUUUAAUUUGAUGCAAGUCGUAGAAGAUUUCACUUCGUGCAGUAACUAAAGGUGCGUUCUCUCAAUGCAACUUGUAUUGACGAUUUGAAAUAUAAAAUGUCAGUUGUCCACUAUAAGGACACUGAUUCCUCUAUAAUAUAUUCUAUUUACGCUAUCGAUUGUGACCAAACGUUGCACUGAGUGAAAGAAUCUUUUAUAAGGAUAUUAUUGUAUACAGCUCAUUUAAUUUAAAUAUAACAUACUGCUGAAUCAUAUCAAAGAAGAACGCCGCCAGUUAUGCACUAAGAAAUAAUUUACAAUAGGUUAAUGAUGCAGGUAGCGACUGAUUUGCAAGUUAAGUAAGUCAAGUUCCAAUGCUUUCUUCGCUAGAUAUGUGGUUGCAGGGUGUCAGUUCUAGCUGAAAUAAAGUAAAGGUGGUUUUUUUAAAAGGCAUACUGUCACAGAUUUUAGGACCUUAUUUCUCUAAAAAUGAAUAAUAAAUACAAAUUACAUUAAUUGUUGAAAACCAAAUCUAGCUAUCGCAUCACCUUAACU